ACGUCAAACCUGACAGCAGCGAGCCGAGCUCAUAAUGGCUGCAGUUGAGGUGGCAGUUUGUUGUCGCUCCGCUCUUUGACUCGCCUUAAAACAAUAAAAACCGGUGACCACAUAUACCGCAGAUGAUUCGGGCGUGAUUUUAGACGCUCUCGUCGAAUAAAAUCAUCUCUUUGACGGAGACAAAAUGUCACUGAAGUCGCUCGCCUCGACACAUUCCUCCAGGUGAAAGCGCUCGGCUGUUGUUAGCCGCCGGCUCGCUGCUAAAUGAGCGUCUUUCAGCCUGAAGAGCGACUUUGUUCCGGAAGAUUCGUGGUGGAUUUAAGAGAAAGCAGCGUCUCUGUGGUUUAGAGUUCACAGCUGAGCUCAAUGAGCAAGCGAACUCUAUCACUGUGUGAGACAAAGCUAGGCUGACUUCGGCUAACUCUUCGGCCCUGCUCUGUUGUUGUUUGUUUGUUUAUUAGUUAGUUAGUUUGUUUUUAACCCUACUCCCUGAAGAUGUCAUCGUGGCUUGGUGGCCUGGGCUCCGGCCUGGGUCAGUCUUUGGGGCAGGUCGGUGGGAGCCUGUCGUCUUUCACGGGACAGAUAUCAACCUUUACCAAAGACAUGUUACUGGAGGGAGUGGAAGAAGUCGGAGAUGCUACCACAGAACUGCACGUGUCCAAUUCCAGGUUGGCUCAAGUGGAGGCUUCAUUUUCCACUCAGAAAUCUGAGUAUGACAGAUUAAGAAAGCUGCACACAGAGCUGGAGGAGAAGCUGGAGGCAGCAGAGCUUCAGAUUAAACAACAAUCUUCAGAAUACAGAACUCUUCUUCACCAGAAAGAUGUGGAGAUCAGUCACCUGAAAGCUCGGCAGAGUGGACUCCAGGAACAAGUCCAGAAUCUGCACCAGGCUGCUCAAUCCACCUCCAUCAGCCCCGCAGUGCUGCCCGUCACCACCACUGCCUCCUCCACUACCUCGUCUUCAUCUUACUUAACACAGCCCUCUGGCUCCCACCAGGGUUUCCACGGCGACGAAAUGGACCUCAGCGAAGUCAUCUGGUCGCAGCAGGAAAUCAAUCGGCUGUCGACAGAGGUCAUGCGCCUGGAGGCGGAGGUGGCUCACUGGAGGCGAAUGUCUCAGGCAUCAACAGCAACAGGAGCUGGUAAUGGCGACCAGGGGGAGAUUCUCAAACUUCAGAGGACAAUUAAGGGGCUGCGAGAGGAUAUGAGUCGAGAGGUGGAUGAGCACCAGCAUGAACUGGCAGCAUUGCAGGAUGCCCAGAGGCAGAAAAUGGCCGAUGUCACUCGACGGCACAGGGAGGAGCUGGCAGAGUACGAGGAGAGAAUAGAGGAGCUGGAGGAGCAGAUUCAUAGUGGUGGUCAAACCAGUUCCUCCUCAGACGCCUCUAAGCUGCCCGAGCUUCAGAAAUCCAUAAGUUCCCUGCAGGAGGCAGCAGAGCAGCGGGACAAGCAGCUGGCCGAGCUAUCUGCCAGUCUGGAGGAGGCACAGAAGAAACAGGCAUCACUGCAGCUGGAGAAAGAUGAAGCCCAGGAAGAAAAUGCCGGGCUGUUACAGAAUUAUAUGCGGCUGCAGGCAUCUGUUGACGAACUCCAGACCCGAGUACAAGAGCAGGAGGGCAAGGCUCUGCAGAAAGCCCAGCUAGAACAUGAAAUCCAAGUGUUGAAACAAAACCUUACAGCUGCAGAAGAAGAAAUCGAAAGAUUGAAAAACCUGUCAGAUCCUGAACCAAAGGAAUCAGGAGAAGUUGAACAUGCCGACAUUUUAGAACUGAACACAAUCAUUGGGAUGUUGAGGCAAGAGAAGGAAAACCUAGAACAAGAAAAGAUCAGUCUACAAGAAAGACUGGAUGUAGCUGAGGAGCAAAAUGUUUCCAGUGAUGGAGCAGGUUCUGGAGAAUUGUUGGAGGAUCUGAGGGUUGAGCUUGAGAGGAGAGAAAAGGCUCUGAGAUCCACCGAGGAGGAACGGGACACUCUGAUGUCUGAGCUGGAAGAACUGGACCAUCAAAACCAGGAGGCAACGCAGCACAUGAUCACAGUGAAGGAGCAGCUCUCUGCACAGCUGAAGGAGGCAGAGACAGAGUUGACAAGACUCACUGCAGAACUCAACUCAGCCAAAGACCAGAAAAGGACACUGGAGCGAGAAGUGGAGACCCAAAAGGAGUUAACAAGCCAGAGUGCUUUCACCCUGAACGAACUGCAUAUGAGUAAACAGGACUUGGAACGUAACGUGAAGGAGCUAAAAGACAAACUGGGGCAUGCACAGGAGCAGAGCAUAGAGGCACGGAGAGAAGUGGCAGAGCUGAAGAAAAGUUUGCAGGAGAGAGAGAAGCUGUUGUCUGCUACUCAGACUCAACUGGACCAGGCAGGCAAAGGUGGAACCCGAUCUCUGGGAAUUAAAGAAGAGUUGGAGACAAAAGAGAGGGAGUUGUCCGAUCUCAGGAGAGAACUGGAAGAGAUUAGGGGCUCUCAGGAGAAGGUGAUGUCUGCAGACUAUGAGUUGAAGAUGGAGAAGAGGAAGUUGAUGGCAGAGAGCGAGCAGGCUCUGGGUAAAGUGGAGGAACUAACCAAGCAGAUGAAGGAAAGCCAGGCAGCUGCGAACAGGACAGGACAAGAGAAGGACAUUUGCAUCGAAGCUUUGAAGCUGGAGAAAACUCAGCUGGAUGGUGAGUUGAGGCAGACUGAGAAGAUGUUGGCUGAACAGGCAAAACAGUUCCAGCAAACCAUCGAGGAGUUGACCCGAGCUCGCUCCAUGGAUGCUUCAGCUUUACAGACAGAACAUGAACGUGCCAUCAAGCUCAACCAGGUGAAAGACCUGGAGAUAGCCCAGCUGAGGAGAGACAUGGAGCAGUUGGCGUCUGAUCACAGGGACACCAAUGAGAUGCUUUCAAUCACAGUUGCAGGGCAGAAGCAGCUGACAGAUCUGCUGCAAGAGAAGGACAUCUUUAUGGACACUUUGAAACAAAAUGCUGCAGAUAUACAGACUGAGAUGGAGAAGAGCAUCUCAGUCACAACCAAAGAAGCUGAAGCUCUCAGACAAGCACUAGAGGAGAAGGAUAAGCUGCUAGGAGGAAUGAAGGAGGAGAACAGCCAUUUGAAAGAAGAGAUUGAUCGCAUUCGAGAUCAGCAGAGCAGACCUCAACCUAUGGCUGAGCCCAGGAUGCUGGACAUCAUCACAGAGCUUGAGACAGAGAUCACCCAGCUCAAGUCCUCCAGGAAUGGCCUGGAAGAGGAGGUCCAGACCCUAAGGAGGACCACUGAGGAGCAGCAGGCCUCUCUGCUUCUGUCGCAGGAGUCUCUGCAGGCUCAACAGAGUGAACUCGAGGAAGCCCACGCUCGCCUUCAGCAGACCACUCUUAACUAUGAUAGACUGAUACUUGCCAGAGAUGAAGACAUAGCUCACCUGCAGCAGACAGUUGAUCGGCUUAGUGCUGACUGUCCAUCUGUACAAGGAGAAGUCAUCCUGCAGGAGGAUAAGACCCAGUCUCUAAAUCAGGAGUACGGCAAUGAAAAGCAUGAUUUAUCAAAGGUGGAGAUAGAAAAAUUGGUGAGAGGCAUGAAGGAGAAAGAAACUGAAAUCAGCCAGUUGAAUGAGAAGAACCUCUCCUUGACCAAACAGCUUGAUCAGUUGGUGGUGUCACGUGAUGAAAUGGGUAAACUCUCCCAGAUGAUCAUGCAGAAGGAUCUUGAGAUCCAGGCGCUUCAUGCCCGAGUCUCCAUGGUUGGAUGUGGUGGACACAGCCAGGAUAUCAUGUUCCUACAACAGCAGCUGCAGGCUUAUGCUGUGGAGAGGGAGCAAGUGCUCGCUGUGCUCAAUGAGAAGACCAGAGAGAACAGCCAGCUUCGCUCAGACUAUCACCGCCUCAUGGACAUCAUGGCGGGGAAGGAAGCAGCUCUGCUGAAGCUCCAGCAGGAGAAUCAGCGGCUCGCCAAUAUGAGUGACCCCUCAGGAAGCCAGGAGAUGUUCAAGGAAACUAUCCAGAACCUGUCCCGCAUCAUCAGGGAGAAGGACAUCGAGAUUGACGCGUUGACUCAGAAGUGCCAAACCCUGGUGACUGUCUUGCAGACCUCAGGAGGAGAUUCUUGUCCAGGCUCAAGUGGUGUCAGCAGUAACCAGUUUGAGGAGCUUCUGCAAGAGAGGGACACGCUGAAACAGCAGGUGAAGAAGAUGGAAGAGUGGAAGCAGCAGGUGAUCACAACGGUCAAGAACAUGCAGCACGAGUCAGCCCAGCUGCAGGAUGAGCUGAUCAAACUGCAGGGUCAGGUAAACGCUGACAGUGACUGUAGCUCCAAGCUGUCCGUGGACUAUGCUCGGCUGAUCCAGAGCUAUGAGCAGAAAGAGAGGAGGCUGGGAAGUCUGGGUCAGGAACUCGCACAGGUCCAGCAGACCAUCACACAGCUCAGCUCCACCAAAGAUGUCCUGCUGGGUAAACUGGACAGUGUAGCACAGAGUCCCGAAGUUGUUGUCACUCAGUCUAGUGAACAUUCUCUCACAGCUGAUCCUCCCAGCCUGCAGACAGCUACGCUUGUUAACACCAAUCAACUACAGGAAGACCUUGUACGAUUGCGAGGACAGUUAGCUGAGAAAGAAAACAUGAUCAGGACUCUUCAGGAGAACAACCACAGGCUCUCUAACUCAGCCUCUGCCUCAGAGAAUGAGCAGAGAAGUCAGACUGAGGAGAUCCGACAGAUCCAAGAGAGGCUGGAUGUUCAGCAGAGGUCAGUGAGGGAGAAGGACCUGCUCAUCAAAACCAAAGGAGACCAACUAAUUCAGGUCAGCGAGACACUUCGCAACCGAGAGAAUGACAAUGAGGUGUUGAAACAGGCCGUCACCAACCUGAAAGAGCGCGCUCUCAUUCUGGAAAUGGAUGUGAAGAAGCUCAAAGAGGAGAACGAGCUUGUAGCUGCACGCUCACGAGAAAAGGAGUCCGAGUUUAGAGCACUGCAGGAAACCAACAUGCAGGUUUCCCUCCUGCUCAGGGAGAAGGAGUUUGAACUGACUGCAAUGAGUGAGAAGUAUGCGACCGUGGAGAGGAUGCUCAAGGACAAAGAGCAGGGUAAAUCUGGUGAACUGAAUCAGCUCUUGAAUGAACUCAAGUCCAUGCAACAGAAAGCUGUGGCAUUUCAGCAGGAGAGGGAUCAGAUGAUGAUGGCACUCAAGCAGAAACAAAUGGAGACCAGUGCUAUUCAGAGUGAGCUUCAGCACACGCGCGACAAAGAGCAGCGUCUCAACUUGGAGCUGGAAAGGUUGCGUAAUCACCUGUUGGAGAUCGAGGACUCGUACACGAGGGAAGCUGUCGCUGCUGAAUACAGGGAGACUGAGCUAAGAAGGCGUGUGUCAAUGCUGGAAGAGAAACUGGCGACUUCCUCAAGUGCUGUGGAGAAUGCCAGCCAACAGGCCACCAUGCAGGUGGAAUCUCUGCAGGAGCAGCUGAAUGUCGUGGUGAAGCACAGAGACGAUGCACUCACAAAACUCCGAACCUCCCAGGAGCAGGUCAAUCAGUAUGCAGUGUCGCUCUCCAACCUACAGAUGGUGCUAGAGCAAUUCCAACAAGAGGAGAAAGCCAUGUACUCAGCAGAACUGGAAAAACUGAAGAGGGAGAAGGAGGAGUGGAGGAAAAAAGCUCAGAGGCUUGAAGACCAAGCGUCUGCCCUUCAGUUGAACCUCGACGAGGCCAACGCUGCUCUAGAUUCAGCAUCUCGUCUCACCGAUCAGCUUGAUCUGAAGGAGGAGCAAAUGGAAGACCUGAAGAAACAGGUGGAUGUGAGACAGGAGAUGUUGGAGGAGGCGCAGAAGAAAGUGAUGAAUCUUCUGAACAGCACUGAGGGGAAGAUUGAUAAAGUCCUGAUGCGUAACCUGUUCUUGGGAUACUUCCACACGCCUAAAGCCAAGCGCGCUGACGUGCUGAGGCUCAUGGGAAGUGUUCUGGGUCUGAGCCGAGAAGACGUUGAUAAGAUGUUGGAGGAGGACGUACAGCGCGGUCUCUCUGGAUGGAUGUCAAACUUGCUGGGAGGCAGAGGGGCUCAAAGUGUCCCGAACACUCCAAACAGACCCACCAGUGGCCAAGGGCUCAACUCAUCUUUCUCGGAGAUGUUUGUAAAGUUCCUAGAGAUGGAGUCAACGCCCUCUCUGCCCGCACCGAGGCUUCCAGCCCAUGAAAUCAAGUCUUUGAGUGCCCCACCUCUGAGAAGGAUCAGCGGUGCUGUUUCCAGCUCAGGAUCUGCAGCCUCCCUAAAACGAGCUGGUGACUCUAACCCCUUCCUGGCCCCUCGCUCAGCAGCGGUGCCCCUGGUCAGUGGCUCCAGCUCCGGUGGCUCCAGCUCUAGUCACCUGCUGAUGAAGCCCAUCUCUGACGCCCUGCCCUCCUUCACUCCUGUGCCGGUCUCUGCCGAGGCCAGUGCUGGAGCCGUGCUCAAAGAUUUGUUAAAGCAGUGAUCAGACGACGACAGUUAGACGCCUUAAACUCAUCGGAGAAAGAUUUUGACACUACACAGCCUGAGAUAUUUGGGCAGGUCUGCUCCAAAACUGCUGCUUUAUUUUACUUUAUUUUAUUUUUUCUGCUAAAAUAAAAUAUGACUAUUCAUAAAAGUUUAAUAUUCCCUUUUUUGGGAGUUUUUUUUUUUUAAAUCAGUUAUAGUAGCAGUUACUGUUCUAUGCAACACCGUCUCCUUUUACACAUAAGUAAACAUAUAUUCUACAUUAUUGCUAGGUGUUAAUUAAGUCCAUGGUGUUUACACACAAGAGGGGAAAGUUCACUGAAGUGACUUCACAAGAGUGGGUCGUUCAGAUUGAACGCAACACUUAACAUUAGAGCACAGUAAAAAAUAUAGUUGUAGUAUGACAAUAAGUUUGUUACAGAGAAGUAACAUGGUAAUACCAUUAAUAGCAAUACUCACCAAGUAAUAGCUUGGUUAUGAUCUAUGCAGGACUUAAGAAAGGGUGAAUUUUAACUAAGUAAUAUAGUUGGUGUUGAUUUUGAUUCCCAAACAUUACACUGAUCCUGACCUAAUUCAUGAUUUCUAUAAUAUGGUCUCCAUAUAUCACACUAUUAUCAUUGUUAUUACCUCCCGACAAUCGCGCCAUAAAAAUGAUGUUAUUACCAUAAUAUUACCUCCCUAUUUAGGGUUGCAAAGGAGCAGGGACAUUAUGAGAAUGAAUUGGACAUUUUGGAUACUUAAAAGGAACUGCAUUAUAUACAAAUAUACAAAACAAAAUGAUGCAAUUUAAACAAAAAACAUGAUACAGAUUAAUUUGUGAGUAGAAUUUUGUCAAUGCUUAAAAACAAAAACAUGAAUGCUGAGUAAAAUAUUCCACAUUUCUUGUUUAAUUUCCAUGAAGAGUUUUUGCAACCUAGAAGAAAUUUAUUACCAUACUAUUACCCUGUAUUUACUGUACUGCGAUGUUAAGUGUUACCAAAUUUACUUUGUUGAUUCUCCACUACAUUUUUAUUCCUUAUUGUCAUUCUUGACCUUGUGUGCUUCAGUACACGUGAAUCCAGUCUAAUCUGCACGUCUUUGCAGGAGGAACCCUCCGGUGUCCUCCAACAUUCAUCCCCUCUAAUUAUUUUAUCUCCUCGCUUUUAUUUCCUCAGCUCUUUUCAACAAUGCAGCGCUGUGCGUUUCUGACCCAGAGCUUUCCCCCUGAAGCCUCUCUCCGUCAGAAGCCUUUGUGCACAUUCAUGCGGUUCACUACAUCUGUUCAAACCAUAAAGACUAAAUCUCGUCUCCUCCAGACAGUCAGACUGUGAUAUGCAACAAGCGUUGUAAUUAUGGCCGUGACUGCAGACUGUGGUUGAUCAGAGGCUUGAGCCUGCUACUAUCUUAUAUAGUAAAGUACUAUUAUAUAGUUAUAUAUAUGUAAAUGGGUGUUUUUUGAUUUAUUUUUUUUCCCUAUUUAUAGGCACAAAGGGAGUUGUGGAAGUGAAGUGCCUGCAUUUUUGCUAAUCAGAUUAGUUGUAAAAUCAGGAUUGUAAAUGGUCGAUAUAUAUAUUAUAUAUUUACAAAAUGUAAAAAAUAAAUGCACAUUAAAAGAGAUGGUUAUGGCUGUAAGGUGAGCUACAUUUUUGUACAGACAUCAGUCAGCUGCCGCAGCAAAAGGAAUGUUACAGGGUUUUUUUUUUUCCUCCCCCAGAUUGAUAUAAUGUAAAAACUGUAAAUCCUCACACUGUAAAAGAUGUUUUUCGUAGAUGCCAAAAAAAACUGAAACUCUGAUGUGUCCAAAAAAAAGGAGUUGAACUUGGAUGAUCUUUGAGAUUUAAUUACCUCUGGCUUAAUUGGAUUUUCAGAAUCAAAUAAAAGUGUUGUCCUGA